ACCCACAGGUACGUAACAUACUAUGGUCUGAUCAGAACUGACUUUUGUGACAUUGACUUCUCUGUUUAAGGUUAGAAAAUAAUGGAUUCAUUCAAUAAAAAUGCAUCUCCGAAAAUUCGCUCUAAAAUUGACUUGAUUCGAGGAGAUGUAGAAGUUAUUACGAAAUCGAUUAGGUCACUCGACAAUGUUUUUAAUUGUGUUUGGCAUGUCAAAAAAUGUAUACCACAAAUGACAAAUAAUGAUCAAGCAGAAUUUUGGAACAAUAUUGUAAUAUCGACUUUGAACUCAAUUCUAAUACAAGAAACAAAAACAAGACAAACCAUUCGACUGUGUUUCUCGAUCAUUUGUGAUGUUACACAGAAUACGUUAAAAUUGCCACAAGUAUUAAGAGCUGAAAAAGUAAAAUUUGCACAAAAACGCAUCCCGAACGCUUUUUGUAAGCUGACCGACAACAUUAAAAUAUUGGAAACUUUAGAAAUGGUUGCCAUAAACCAAAUGGAGAAAGUGACCGAAAAAAUAUUUAAUUUACCUGGUGCUGGUGCAUUGACGGUUUUGGAUCAGAUCAAAUUAGUCGAAGCACAACUUAGAAAGUCUAUUCGACGAAAAAACGACAUUUUGGCGGAAUGUGAGAAUAAAAAAGUUAACAUGAAGAUUUUGAAACCCUUAAUCGAACAUCAACAACAAUUGCUUCGUGUAAAGCAAUUAGAAAUUCGCGAACUGAAUUUUAAACUGACAAAAUUUCAACAAACGAUUAUGCAGCUCAAGCUUAGAAUAAAGAUAACAAUACGUGCAAAAAACUAUCAUCGUGCUAGCUAUCAUCAACAUGUGCUUAAGUCAAAGCUGCACUGCCUCCAAAAAUACACGACACAAAAAAGUAGAAAUCAAAACGAACUAAAGGAUCUCGUAGCUACCCUAUGCGAAUACAGAGCGAAAUAUGAACGCGACAAGGCUCAGCUGAAAGAUCUUGGUGCCAACUCAGUCACAGCAAUUGAUUUAGAAAGUAAACUUGCUAAAUUAUAUGAAGAUGUGAAUAAGAUCGAGAACGAAAAACGUUUGUUCGAAAAACAUCAAGAGCUGUUGGGUAUCGAAGGUGAUGAAUAUGUUAAGUUUUUAGUUAACUUACGUCGUUUGGCGAUCGCAAUUAAAUUGGGAUGCAACAGUUAUGCACCAAUCAUUUCAGUUUUGAAUGAAAUAAAGGUGGUUAUUCAAUGUCCUAUUGAAAUGAUUGAAAGCGAAGAGGAAAGUGAUGUAAUAUUGGCAGAGCAACUCCUAUUAAAAAAUGCUGAAUCUUUGUGGCAUUUCUCUUACUUUGUAAGGCUGUGCAUGACGAAUUACCAUCAUAAGCGAGGUUGGCUGAUAGAACGAGGAAACCAAGGAUUUGGCGUAAAACAUUGUGGGUGAUACAGACUGACGCUUUUUCUUCGCAACUAUUACUGGACAAUGUAAAUAGGAUAGUAUCAGGGGCCUAUUUUGGAAAAAUAUUUUCCCAAAUUUUGCCGAAAAUCAUUAUUGGGAAAAUGAGGAAAAAUUUCGGAAACUAAUUUUCCACAAAAAAGGGAAUUUUAUUGUCAAAAAAGCCUCUUAAACGAGGAAGGAGUCAUUUACUUACAGAGAUAUCAGCAAAUGUGACUUUUAUUCGUAUCCGAGCUGUAAGCGUUUCAUAUUCUGAUACUUUUGAAAGUAAAGGACUUAUUUAAAAAGUAAGUGUGAAAAGGUAAAAUUUCUC